AUGUCGUGGUCUACCCCACUUGAAGUUCUAUCAGGUGCUGGGCCGGCAGAACAGACACCACGACCACUAAACCAUUAUCUCGGGGCGGAGGUGGAACCUAACAUAAUCUUCUUCGUCUUCGAGCUGUACCAGAUCAAGGUGCGCUCCCCCCUACCCUGCUGCCUCCGCUGCCUCUGCACCCUCUGCUCCCUCUGCUCCCUCUGCCCUCUCUGCUGCCUCUGCUCCUUCCUUCCCCUCCCUGCAUCCCCCCCUUUUCCCCCAGCACUGCAUCCCCUCCUACCCCUCCAUGCAUCCCCUCCUUCCCCUCCUUGCAUCCCCUCCUUUCCCUCCCUGCAUCCCCCCCUUUCCCUCCCUGCAUCCCCUUCUUUCCCUCCCUGCAUCCCCUUCUUUCCCUCCAUGCAUCCCCUCCUUUCCCUCCCUGCAUCCCCUUCUUUCCCUCCUUGCAUCCCUUCCUUUCCCUCCCUGCAUCCCCCCCUUUUCCCCCCUGCACUGCAACCCCUUCUUUCCCUCACUGCAUCCCCUCCUUUCCCUCCUUGCAUCCCCCCCUUUUCCCCCCAGCAUUGCAUCCAAUCCUUCCCCUCCUUGCAUCCCCUUCUUUCCCUCCCUGCAUCCCCUUCUUUCCCUCCUUGCAUCCCCUCCUUUCCCUCCCUGCAUCCCCCCCUUUCCCUCCCUGCAUCCCCUUCUUUCCCCCCCUGCAUCCCUCCCUGCAUCCCCUUUCUUCCCUCCCUGCAUCCCCUUCUUUCCCUCCCUGCAUCCCCUCCUUUCCCUCCCUGCAUCCCCCCCUUUCCCUCCCUGCAUCCCCUUCUUUCCCCCCCUGCAUCCCUCCCUGCAUCCCCUUUCUUCCCUCCCUGCAUCCCCUUCUUUCCCUCCCUGCAUCCCCUCCUUUCCCUCCCUGCAUCCCCUUCUUUCCCUCCCUGCAUCCCCUCCUUUCCCUCCCUGCAUCCCCUUCUUUUCCCUCCCUGUAUCCUCUCCUUUCCCCCCAUGCAUCCCCUCCUUUCCCUCCCUGCAUCCCCCCCUUUUCCCCCCUGCACUGCAUCCCCUUUUUUCCCUCCCUGCAUCCCCUCCUUUUCCUCCCUGCAUCCCCUCCUUUCCCUCCCUGCAUCCCCUCCUUUUCCUCCCUGCAUCCCCUCCUUUCCCUCCCUGCAUCUCCUUCUUUCCCUCCCUGCAUCCCCUCCUUUCCCUCCCUGCAUCCCCUCCUUUCCCUCCCUGCAUCCCCUUCUUUCCCUCCCUGUAUCCCCUCCUUUCCCUCCAUGCAUCCCCUCCUUUCCCUCCAUGCAUCCCCUCCUUUUCCUCCCUGCAUCCCCCCCUUUUCCCCCCUGCACUGCAACCCCUCCUUUCCCUCCCUGGAUCCCCUCCUUUUCCUCCCUGUUUCCACCCCUUACCUUCAUUCACCCCCUCUGCUUGCCCCUUUUCCUCUCCAUUCCCUCUCCUUCCUUCACUCUCCUCCCGCGUACCAUCUCACCCCUGCUUCUUUUCCAUUUCCUUGCACACGUGCUAGCCUUCCUUCCCCAUGCACACUCUUCCUUCCCCAUGCACACUCUUCCUUCCCCAUGCACACUCUUCCUUCCCCUCCAGGCUUACACUGUUUCUCCCCUCCUUCUGGUUUCUUACUCCCCUGCCACCCUAUCUUUUCCCCCUCCUACCCUAUCGUAUGCGCUGCCAGUGGUGCAGGCGCUGGCAGGGCGUGUGGUGCGGGGCGGUGGUAGUGCUGCCCACCAGAGACCUGGCUGCUCAGAGGGAGGUGGAAAUGAGAAUGUUGAAGGUGCUACUGCUGGUGACGGUGCUUCAGGUGGUUGUGCUGGUCCUGGUGAUGACCCCCUAUGA